AUGAGCACAUUGCAUGAAUGGCGGCUUUCCUGCAAUUUUCUUAACCUGUAUUUCUCUACUAUUUUAAUUAUUCCUUUCACUCCCCUAUUAUUCCUUUCAUUCCCUUUAUUAUUCCUUUCAUUCCCCUAUUAUUCCUUUCAUUCCCUUUAUUAUUCCUUUCAUUCCCAUUAUUAUUCCUUUCAUUCCCCUAUUAUUCCUUUCAUUCCCUUUAUUAUUCCUUUCAUUCCCCUAUUAUUCCUUUCAUUCCCUUAUUAUUCCUUUCACUCCGCUAUUAUUUCUAUCACUCCCCUAUUAUUCCUUUCAUUCCCUUAUUAUUCCUUUCAUUCCCUUUAUUAUUCCUUUCAUUCCCCUAUUAGUGCUUUCAUUCCCUUAUUAUUCCAUUCACUCCGCUAUUAUUCCUUUCAUUCCCUUAUUAUUCCUUUGACUCUUCUAUUAUUCCUUUCACUCCCCUAUUAUUCCUUUCAUUCCCUUUAUUAUUCCUUUCAUUCCCUUAUUAUUCCUUUCAUUCCCUUUAUUAUUCCUUUCAUUCCCUUAUUAUUCCUUUCACUCCGCUAUUAUUCCUUUCACUCCCCUAUUAUUCCUUUUAUUCCCUUAUUAUUCCUUUCAUUCCCUUUAUUAUUCCUUUCAUUCCCCUAUUAUUCCUUUCAUUCCCUUAUUAUUCCUUUCACUCCGCUAUUAUUCCUUUCACUCCCCUAUUAUUCCUUUCAUUCCCCUAUUAUUCCUUUCACUCCCCUAUUAUUCCUUUCAUUCCCUUAUUAUUCCUUUCACUCUCCUAUUAUUCCUUUCACUCCCCUAUUAUUCCUUUCAUUCCCUUUAUUAUUCCUUUCAUUCCCCUAUUAUUCCUUUCAUUCCCUUAUUAUUCCUUUCACUCUCCUAUUAUUCCUUUCACUCCCCUAUUAUUCCUUUCAUUCCCUUUAUUAUUCCUUUCAUUCCCUUAUUAUUCCUUUCACUCCGCUAUUAUUCCUUUCACUCCCCUAUUAUUCCUUUCAUUCCCUUCUUAUUCCUUUCACUCUCCUAUUAUUCCUUUCACUCCCCUAUUAUUCCUUUCAUUCCCUUAUUAUUCCUUUCACUCCGCUAUUAUUCCUUUCAUUCCCCUAUUAUUCCUUUCAUUCCCUUAUUAUUCCUUUCACUCUCCUAUUAUUCCUUUCACUCCCCUAUUAUUCCUUUCAUUCCCUUUAUUAUUCCUUUCAUUCCCUUAUUAUUCCUUUCACUCCGCUAUUAUUCCUUUCACUCCCCUAUUAUUCCUUUCAUUCCCUUCUUAUUCCUUUCAUUCCCUUUAUUAUUCCUUUCAUUCCCCUAUUAUUCCUUUCAUUCCCCUAUUAUUCCUUUCACUCCCCUAUUAUUCCUUUCAUUCCCUUAUUAUUCCUUUCACUCCGCUAUUAUUCCUUUCAUUCCCUUUAUUAUUCCUUUCAUUCCCUUAUUAUUCCUUUCAUUCCCUUUAUUAUUCCUUUCACUCCGCUAUUAUUCCUUUCAUUCCCUUAUUAUUCCUUUCAUUCCCUUUAUUAUUCCUUUCAUUCCCUUAUUAUUCCUUUCACUCCGCUAUUAUUCCUUUCACUCCCCUAUUAUUCCUUUCAUUCCCUUAUUAUUCCUUUCAUUCUCUUUAUUAUUCCUUUCAUUCCCCUAUUAUUCCAUUCAUUCCCUUAUUAUUCCUUUCACUCUCCUAUUAUUCCUUUCACUCCCCUAUUAUUCCUUUCAUUCCCUUUAUUAUUCCUUUCAUUCCCUUAUUAUUCCUUUCACUCUCCUAUUAUUCCUUUCACUCCCCUAUUAUUCCUUUCAUUCCCUUUAUUAUUCCUUUCAUUCCCCUAUUAUUCCUUUCACUCUCCUAUUAUUCCUUUCACUCCCCUAUUAUUCCUUUCAUUCCCUUAUUAUUCCUUUCACUCCGCUAUUAUUCCUUUCAUUCCCUUAUUAUUCCUUUCAUUCCCUUUAUUAUUCCUUUCAUUCCCCUAUUAUUCCUUUCAUUCCCUUAUUAUUCCUUUCACUCCCCUAUUAUUCCUUUCACUCCCCCAUUAUUACUAA